GAUGUUUUGGUUGAAGAGAAAACAAGAUUGGGAUCAAUGCCACCGAGUUGUUACAACAAGUGUAACCAAUGUCAUCCAUGCAUGGCUGUUCAGGUUCCAACCCUACCGAGCCACAACCGAGUUGAACCGAGUCAUGGUCAUGAUCUGGUUCGAACCCAAUACUACAAUACUGCAGAGUCGUCGCUUUCACCUUCUGGGGCCAACAGCAGGUACUCCAAUUACAAGCCACUUGGAUGGAAAUGCAGAUGUGAUGAUCACUUCUAUAAUCCUUAAUUGUCUAAAGGGCACUAGGGUGCACAAAAUAUUUUGUGUUCACGUAGGGUUUUGGAUAAGUUAUAUCCCAGGGGUAUGAUGUAGCCGGCCCAUAUUGAUGCAAACAUCAAUGGUUGAUUCCGCUGCUCGAACCGACGAUUUAUAAGGUCACACGGAGACAACUUGAUCGUUGCACCAAGAUUUUCUCUUUAUAAUCCUUAAUUGUCUAAUUAUUAUAAUUUUAGGACUAAGAGUUACAAUUAACAUGUGGAAUAUGUCUAAAAAAAAUCCUAUAUUUAGAAGAUUAAUUUUUUGUUGUUUUACUAAUAAUUUCUAUAAUUUGGGGGGAGAGGGGGUGAAGAGACAAGACACUGGAUGAGGCAGUUAGGAAGCAUUUACUAUGGUGACACGUUUGAUGAUUUUAAAUACUGAUUUGUACAAAAAGUAUUGCUGUAAAUGUAGCCUUGAGGUAGGUUUUGAUUUUUGAAUAUAGUAGGAAAAUCUUUUUAUUGUUUUCUUUGAAUUUUGUUACAGUACAAGGCAUACAUAUAUGAGCGCAAUAAUUCCAACUGUAUCAAGCCACAAAUCGGAUUAAUUCUGGUAUUUCUUUCUCUUUUGGAUGA